UUAGAAUUACCUCUGAUCUCACUUGUAAAUUCGCAGUGGAUUUCCCAUUAAUUAGUGUGAAUUAGAUAGUUGUGGCUGUUCAGUUUAGGUGAAUUCUAAAUGUUUUACAGCGCAUCGUUAAUUAUUGGGGGGGAAAAAAACCCCAACCCUUAUUAAAGAGCCCGCAGGCGCAAGGGAUGCGUUCACUCUGCUCCGUAUGUGUUUCUAGGGGCUGGCAUCUUCGCGCCGUGUUGGCCUUGGAUAUUUGCAUAGCUCCUGGCACCACCACGGGACCUCCUCGUCCUGCAGAGCGGCUUCUGCAAGGCCCAACACAGUGCAGGGAGCUCGGCUCAAUCCUUCAUCCCUCCCCGAGGAUCCCAUCCCAUUUUCCCAGGGUCUGAUUCACUCUCGGGAGCUCUGCUUCCCAGACAGCGCGCCGCUCUUUUGUCCUCGGUGCGAGGCCUCGGCCGAGCUCCUUUCCACGUAUGUCAACACCGGCCCGUAAUUAGCGCUCGCCGCACAAUGAGCCACGGCCGCUCUCCGAAGGGCUCAGCGUGCGGCUGCUCCCGCGGGGCCGGGCAGGUGCCCAAACACAGGCACCAUUCCCCACUCUUGUAGAUGCCGCGGCUUGAAAGACGGACACGCAGACCGUGUCCUUUGUUCCGCGGUCGGGACAGAGCUGCCUUCGCAGUCUCAGGCUGGGCAGAGAUGUUUAUCUCUGCCGUGCUGCGCCAGGUCCUGCCCGGGCACCGCCGCAGCGACGCGGGAGCUCCGACUCGUAAAGGCGGGCCGCGCCGAGCCGCAAGCACCCCAGCCCUCGCCUCUCCGCGGAGGACCGGGCAGCGUAAUCCCCGGGGAAGCGGCGUUUCCCCCGGCACAGCGGGUGCGGAUCCUUACGGACACCCCUUUGCUCCCCCCGCGGUACCGGGGCGGAGCUCUGCCCGCCCCGCCCGGCGCCGCCGCGCCUGCGCCGCUCGAGGCGGGACACCGAGGAGUUCCGCGGCGGGCGGUCGGUCCCGGGCUGGGCGCUGCGGGACUGGCGGGGGAAGCACCAGAAUGAAAGACAUGGACAAUAUCAAAACUGUAAAGAAAGAAUGGGUGUGUAAAUCAGGAACUGAUGAUCAGAUUUUGAAUGGUACAGAACAAAACUGUGACUACUUUGUAGAUAACCUUUUUGAAGAAGCUCAGAAGGUUGGUGCUAUGUGUGCACCCCCAACUACAGUCAAGAACCAGGUUGAUGUAAUCAUUAAACUUUGGAAAAAUGGAUUUACGGUAAAUGACGGCGAACUUCGGAGCUACGCUGAUGUUGCAAACCAGCAGUUCUUGGAGUCCAUUAAAAAGGGGGAACUGCCUUUUGAGCUGCAAAAAGUUUUUGAUAAGGAGGAGGUCGAAGUGAAAGUGGAAGAUAAAAAGGAUAAGGUGUAUUUGUCAUCGAAAAAGCCAAUGUUUCAUCCCUUUUCUGGACAUGGUUACAGAUUAGGAAGUGCUACUCCAAAGAUAAUCUCUAAAGUGAGAAACGAUCAUCCAGGACCUGAUGACAAAAGACACCUGCCUUUAGUACCCUUGAAUGAUUUGGAGCCUAUCACCAAUGUCCAGAUCUGGUUAGCUGAUGGGGAAAGGAUAAUUCAGAAAUUCAAUGUUUCUCACAGAAUCAGCCACAUCAGAGACUUCAUAACAAAGUAUCAAGGAUCUGAGGGAAGUGUUCCCUUCACACUGACGACCUCCCUGCCUUUUCGAGAGCUGCAGGAUGAAACACUAACACUUGAGGAAGCAAAGUUGCAAAACGCCGUUGUUGUUCAGAGACUUCGGAAAACAACUGAACCUUUCAGACUCUUAGUGAUAAAAGCACCUGACAAUGACUACAGAAGUGCUGCUACACCUAAUGGACAACUCAAGAAUGAGCAAAAAAAUGCUAUCAAUAGUACAAGAUCAAAUUAGCUUUACAACUGACCAAAAAUUAUCUGCAGGGUGAACUAGGCAAAACCAAAAAUGUAACCAGCAAUAUGUGGAUGCCCUCACAUCCUCAUGCACUGUGCUCUUAGAGAGCAGAAUGGGUGCUGUGCUGUUGUCUGCUAUAAUAGAGGUAUUUUCAGCUAAAUUGGGCAGUCAGAGCCUGGCUGUAUAAUGUAGCAGAGCUAACUGUACAGCAGAUCAUCCUUAGAAUUUCCUUAGGUAAAAAGCUUCUUAGUAUUUAAUAAGUGGGUCUAGGUGGAACACUUAACUACUGAUAGCACCUUUUAAGGAAAAAUAGUAUUUAUUUUUGCACUUUGGGCUAAAGUGAAACAUUUCACUUACAUUGUAGUGUAAACUGCUGCAGUUUGCAUUCUUCUCACAGUAACUCUUUGACAACCAGUACUGCAAGCAAGCUCACAUUUGAACUCUACCUUGAAAAUCUUCAGGGUGUAACUUUUGUCACAAGAUCUGCAGUGUAAUAAUGUUUUGUCAAGUCUUCACAUGGUGGUAGGUGCAUGUGUGAGAAGAUACAAACGAGAUAGUUUGGUGCAUACUGCAUAUGAAGUGCCUCAAAGUAAGCUGUGAAGGAAUUGUUCUUAUCAAUGGUUGAAGUGGUUUCUGCUUCUUUUGGGCUGCUACGGAUGUCUUGCCGGUCAGGUGAUGUUAAACUACCUAGCUCAUGAGCACAGGGACCCACUUCUAGCUUUGUCACACAGAAACUUCGGCUUUUUUGGCUGUCACCAAGCAGGAGUAGUAGUUGAGAGGGACACAGUUGUUUUUUGUACUGUUUAUCUGCCUCUGUCCUGAACUGCCCAGCUGAUGGAGACACUAAUUGCAUGUGGUCAAGUGUCAAAGCUGUUGAAAAUCCUUACUUGAAAACUGACAUUUUUCUCUGCUUUGCCCCAUUUCCAUCCAAAUCUUUUAUUUUGCUGUUCAUGUACUUGAGGCAUAAAGUUUGUAGCCAACUAGUCCAUGUUUUGCUAAAAGAGAAAACAACAAAAAGACUUAA